GCCCCCUUGACUGCCAUUAGAGACUGGGAUUCCUCGGCGACUGCAUUACUUGCACUUUGAGGGCGUGAGUCAGGGUCAACUUGCAGUGCGUGAGCUUUUCGUGGGUCUGGGAUUUCGGAUCUUGUCUUGAAGUGACCAGUGACCAAUUGCAAGUCUCAUGCUUUAUUGUCCCACGGAGGGCAGAUUUAUACAACUCAUUUGGUUUUGACUGCCCUCUGCUCGGCUCGUAAAUGUUUUAAUUAAACCGCUCUUUUUCGCUUUGCAGCUGCGUCGGGGCGACGACGAACAAUAUUUUUAAACCAUAUAUAAGGCAGCACUUUGGGUUGUCAAAUUAUCAGUCAACUUUGUUCGCUUCAGCAGUACAACACAGACCAAGAAACAAAAAUCCUUAAACAUGUUCAAAUUGGUGGUGUUGUCUGCUCUCCUCGCCGUAGCUGUCGCUCGUCCCGGACAUCUCUAUGAGUCUCCCCUGGUUUAUGCCGCCCCGGCUGCUACAACCAUUGUCCAGGAGCAACAUCUGGCCAAAGUGGGUGCAGUGGUGAGCAGUGUUCCCACUUCGGUGAGCCACCAGAGCCAGUCGGUGGUGCACAGUCACUCGCAUGUGGUGGAGGACAUCGUGGCCCCGGUGGUCAAGUCCACUCCGGUGGUCAGCUAUGCUGCUGCUGCUCCAGUGGUGCACACUUCCUAUGCCGCUGCUCCCGUUGUCCAAACCACCUAUGCCGCUGCUGCUCCCGUGGUGCACACCUCCUACGCCGCCGCCUCUCCCGUCGUCUACAAUUCCAGCUGGUAAUCGGUAGCACUGGAUUUUUGGGGGCUCAAACGAGCGAUCUGGAUGGUUAGAAAAUUGCUAUUCCUAUUGUAUAUAAACGAGUUUAAUUGCGAGUAAAAUGUGAUUGUUGAAAAAAAACUUA